AGGCUCAAGUUGCCGUCUUGAAUUCCGCGGCAUCUGACAGCUCCCCUCCAUUCCUUGACACUCGUCCCUCCCCUUCGCCCCGGGAAUGCUGGGUUGUUUACAUUACUGGCACGGGUCAGGAGCGGUGAGGGGGCCGAGUGUGACUCUGAACAACACGUACUCACAUCCCGUCUCUAAACCAGCCCGGGGUGCUCUCUCCAGAAACUUUUCGUGCCACGCAAGAGAGGCCCGCGGAGUCCACUUCAGUGCGACCUUGGAAAGAAACGGGAAAGUCAAAGCAAAGACGACGCCAUCACCACCAACCACCGUAAGCAGAAGAAACUCGGCGUGAAGGAAGAACAGCUAGCAACCAGAGUCCCACUUCCUGGGGUCUUAAGGAUCACUCUCCUGACACCAUGGAUAUGGACACACAGCCACAAGGGCAGCAAGCAACCAUACCAGUGUUUCAACCGCAGAAGCCACUGCAGCCAGAUAUGGGCCAUAAUUCUCUGGCCAACUUCCAGAUUGAGAAGAAGAUUGGCCGGGGUCAGUUCAGUGAGGUGUACCGGGCCAGGUACCUGCUAGACAACACAUCAGUUGCUCUCAAGAAGGUCCAGAUAUUCGACUUGAUGGAUGCCAAAGCUCGGCAAGAUUGCAUCAAAGAGAUAGAUCUCCUUAAGCAAUUGAACCACCCCAAUGUGAUAAAGUACCAUGCAUCUUUUAUUGAGGAGAACGAGUUGAACAUCGUACUGGAGCUCGCCGACGCCGGAGAUCUCUCACGUAUGAUAAAGCACUUUAAAAAGCAGAGGAGGCUGAUCCCAGAGAGAACGGUGUGGAAGUAUUUUGUCCAGCUCUGUAGUGCACUGGAGCAUAUGCACUCACGGAGAGUCAUGCAUAGAGACAUCAAACCAGCCAACGUGUUCAUCACAGCCACGGGGGUGGUGAAGCUUGGAGACUUGGGACUGGGACGAUUCUUUAGUUCCAAAACCACUGCCGCUCACUCACUAGUGGGUACCCCUUACUACAUGUCUCCAGAGAGGAUACAUGAAAACGGAUACAACUUCAAAUCUGACAUUUGGUCGCUAGGAUGCCUGCUUUAUGAGAUGGCAGCCCUCCAGAGUCCGUUCUAUGGGGAUAAGAUGAACCUGUACUCCCUCUGUAAGAAAAUCGAACAGUGUGACUACCCUCCUCUCCCCUCGGACCACUACUCAGAAGAGCUGAGAAAUUUGGUAGACAUGUGCAUCAAUCCAGACCCAGAGAAGAGGCCGGACAUCACCUACGUGUACGACAUCGCCAAACACAUGCAGAGCCUGACACAGGGCAGCUAAAGCCCGGCGCGAGAGCUACACACACACAUAAACACACACACACACGCACACACACACACACACGCUACAGCCCCGCAGACCUCUUUCCUGCUCCCCACCCCUCCAGCCCCCUCCCUACUUUUCACGCUGGACUCGUACAGAUCUGUUAGCUUUUUCCCCGCCGUAAAACACCCCAGGGUUCGGUUCCUGAUGAUGAACGACAUCGGCUGGUUUUUUACCGUCACCUCUUCCACGUGGCUCCAAACCCCAGGCCUUUGCAACUAUAGGAUAAAGAAGGUUAGAGAUUAGAGGCGGACCGCCAGUUCCUCAGACUAUCAUCGUGUUAUGGCGUCGGCUGUCAGUGUAUGAUAAACGAUUCACGCGUUAAUCGCUGUGCCUUUCAUACCCGUCCUUUGUGUUUUGUGUAGUGAAAUGCAGCCGUUGUUCAACUGCUAUUCCUAAUACUUCUUACAGAGCAGAUACCACCAAAAUUGGUAGAAAAUUGGUAGGAAGUGUAAAUGUGGGGUGUUUGCGUGUAACGUGCUAUCAAGUGAUGACACAACCCAAGUUCUGCUGUUGCGUCCAAACCUGGUAUCCCCAGAACUUCGCUUGGCCCACGGUGACGUGACGUCAUCGCGAGCCCGUGUUAGGGUUUUAUUUGGAUCCAUGGAUCUGUGUGGUCCAUGGUUACCAAUCUUACUCAGCAGAAAAACAACCCGCCAAAAAAAGAAGAAAAGGCAGAUGCUCAGACAGCAGAAUUGGAGCUGGGACGUUCGCACAACAAACAGAGGCAGCAUGACUGAGAGGUGAAGCAGAGUGCUUGUGAUGGAUGGUGGUGUUGUGUUGCACUUUUUGCCCUGGUACCAAGAGGCUGGCAGGGCAGCCCUUGUUAAAUGAAUGUAUUUCGAAAGGAGGGAUGAUUUAGGAGAUAGAUGAUAGGCUAUGGAAACGCCGGGGGAGAGAAAGGGGCAGAUGUCUAUGUCACCCUUAAGUAGACCAGUUUGAACCCAACGCGUUGUCUGUGGAAGUCAGAAACGGUGCGGUAAAGACAGAACGGCGACAGCUUUUGGUCAGUUGUUUACCUGUUGUUGCCGACAACACAAAAUGGCCUUUUUUUUAAUCUCUAAGAGGUGUGAUAUCAUGUUAUUUCAUGGCACAAAACUUGUUUCGUUCUUUGAAAAGGAACACAAGAAUACACAAUGGAAAUGUGUAAAAAUCAAAUUAAAAACCCCAAACGAUGUCAGGCAUCAUCCAUUUUGGUGUGAGGUGACACGUCUGACCCACCAGAGCGCUAGUUAGCUGAAGCCCCCCCCCCCCGUCUGACAGGUAACGGCUGAUGUUGUUGCUGUGUAGGUUUGCAGUGUAUGUGUAUGUGUAGUGGCAGUGUUUAGACACAGUAGAUGGCAAAAAUCAUCUGUUGUAUUGCCGUCCAUAUCAUGAGGAAACCACAAAGUGUGUAACUGACUUCCCCUUGCCGUCCUUGGAAAAAGCCAAAAAGCAGAGCUAUAUAUAUAUAUAUGUGUGUGUGUGUUUGUGUGUGUGUGUGUGUGUAAGUGUAUCGUUUAUGUUAGGUAAACUAGAGCACUAAGAGGAACAAACAACUGAAAACAAGCCUGGUUGGGACUCAUUUGUACAUAGCGGAGAAGUGAAGGGAGGUUAAUGUACACUUUUAAUUUGAAAUACUGUAGAUUUCCGUGGAAUUUGAAUGACCCGCAGUGAUUUGUCUUUGUUUAUUUUUGCUUUUAUUUGGGAGAGAGUUGCGGUAAUGUUUUACAGUGGACAGGUUUACACGGGGUCCGUGAUACAGAAGGUGUCGUAUACAAGGAUUGAUAACACUUCAUUUUUGUCUUAUCGUGACCUGUUGGCUAGCGAUUAUGAAUGGUCUGUUAGCCGCGUCCUGCGGUCUGCAUGCGUGUGCAUGUUCAUGCCCUCCCCCCAACCCGCUUCUGAGUACUCAGAUGAGGUGUGCACCACCGCAGGUUCGAUAGGGUCAGGGAUAUGUGAGUUGUCCUCUGUCGGUUAACGGACCGUUUUGAUAUUUUAUCGACGGUUGUCUACUUUCAAGUACAGUGUUUGCAAGUUUUGUUUGUUGCACAUCUUGUUUGCGUUUCGGUUUGGUUCGUUUCGCUUUGCUCCCUGCCAGUUAAGCUGCACCCGCUUCGGCGGUGAUGUCAGCGUUCUGCUGGCAAGGACCUACGGUGCGACAUGAAUAGCUUUUUAAGCCCAUUUAAGACAUGUUUACUCUGUAAAAAGGUUCUAUAUAGCACCAAAACCUUGUUAGUAGGUUGUAAUUACUAAUUAUAGAGCAACCUUUAACAUGACUUUCUUUCUCGCCGCCUUCCGGUGCAGUUUAGAGCCUCCUGCGACAGACAGUUGUGUUAAGUGCCUUGCAAGUACAAGCAGGAUUUAAAAACAAAAGAAGAAGAAGGAGAAGAAAAAAAAAGGUUGUCCUGUGAUUACAGAGGAAGAAACCGAAGAGCCCGGUCUCCUUUUAGAUUCGAGUUGUGUUGCUGCGCGUCGGCGCCGAAGCUCCCUCGUAACGGGCGUUUGCGUUGACACCGUUGUAGGGUGGCCGUGAGGGGAAGCUCACUGAGGUUGUGUACCAGACGUGAGGCGGUUUUAAGGGUAUUCAGUGGAAAAGAAAAAAAAUCUGAAAAAGUGUUUUUGCAAACUAUACGAAUCUGUUUACACACUCCUUUGUGGUUUGUUUAAAGUUUUUCAACCAAAUGCGUCCUUUUUUUGUUUUGUUUUUUGUGUGCUUACCCCUGCUAAUACUGAUGCGUACUGCAUGCAGUUGAAACCUGUUGCCUUAAAAUAGAUGUGCAUAGUGUCUGCCUCAUGCCAUAUGUUGUGUUGAUGUAAAGAAAGAAGAUUUACUUUCUAAUUCUUGUCGGGAGGUUAUAAGACAUGCACACACACACACACAAUCACACACAAUUGCACAUGCACACACACACACACACUCUCUCUCUCUCCUAGGGCUGUGGCCGCUCCUGUAAAGGGAGUCUUCUGCUAUCUCUGCAACAGCUGCAGUCUCGGUGCUGUGUCUCAGCUUAACCCUUUCUGUGGGCUUCGAACCAGGGUCAGCACAUUCACCACAGGCCUUACUCUGAAGUUAAUGUCAAAAAGUCCAGUUUUUUUGUUUGUUUUGUUUUUGUUUUUUUGGAGGGGAGGUGAAGCAAAAAAAAAAAAAGGCAAUCUGCUAUUUAUUGUUUUGUUUUCUGGAACAUUUCAUGUCAUCUUUCGAGACCCUCAUCACCAACGCUUCAUACGUAAGUGAAUGCAAUAAUAAAGCCUCUAAAUUUC